UCAUUAGACCAUUGGUAGAGGACUGCGGGCAGCUUUCAUCCUUCCUACCUCCACACGCGAACGUAAUGACGAUUGCCUUGAAUAAUUCUUUCUGUAGGUCUGCUGAAUCGGCACAAGUGUGGUAAUUAUUUCAAUUACUUGCUUUGUAGCCGAUAUGGUCAGGUGCUAUCGAAUAGGUCUCAAGGUUCCCCGGCUUGGGAAAGUCUAUAAUCUUCUUGUGCUACGUCGACACCCGGUCCUUCGUACACAUCGAUGAGCACGGUUACCUUCGCGCGCGGAAUUGGCUGUCAUUACGUCAAAUUUGCAUCCGUCAACCGGCGAUACAAAGACUCACACGCGAUCGUUCGUGGAAAACAUUUGAUAUUCGUGGAAAGUUGUCAUUCUCUUCCGGCACGGAGACGCGAAUAACUCUUCCCGAACGUCUUCGCGUUUGAAAUUUCAAGCGAUUCUUUGAAGAAACUUGGAACGAGUCCAUGCAUGGUAUAUUUUAUACGUUAGUUAAGUAAAUAGGAAGUAUAUUUAUGCGGGAAGUUAUUUAACGAGUGAAUUAUUUCAUGAAAUUAAGGAGCAUGACAUUUUCUUCGCUGUACGCUCGAAUGAUGCAAUUUAGACGUUUUUUUUUAAAUUUCUCGACGACCUUCGAUUCGGAAAUAAUUCUUCAUUUCGAAAAGGGAACGCGACGGGAGGGACGUUCUCUUGUCAAUCGCUUUCAUCUGUCAGCUGUUAAGUUUCCAGGGCCUUUUCGGACACGCGCACGCUGCUCCCUUACAAAUGUCCCGUUCGUGUUAAACGUCACAGCAUACCCAUUUAUAUACAAUAUAUAUUUUUACCGCUUUUUUUACGCCACGCGACGAAGACGAAAAAGGAGCGAGUCCCAGUCGUUAUUAUGCCGAGUCAUCCUUUGGACGUGAUUACGUAACAUGCGAAGAGGCUGCGCACGUUAUGACGACAGGCAUUUCGACACCUCUACAACCGCCGAGGACGAUUCGUGUUUCUCAUCGGAACUCAACCUUCUAAAUCCGAGGCGCCUAAUGUACUGUGGUGACAGCAGGAAGGAGAGCAGCACACCGCGGAUCGUAAGACUGAUUCGACGGAACAGCAGGAAACGCGACCUCAAAGCGGAUCGAUCAGCGACUUUCAGUCGGCCGCGAGAAGACAACAGCAAGAGCAGCGUCGUCGUGCUCUAUCACGGGAGGUCCAGCACGCCUCCGUCCUCCACCUCGAAGGUGCCUGUGCGACUUUCGAAGUCCGAUCAAACGGUGGCAGCGAUAACGUCGCGACCGGAAACCGCGAGCUCCGCGCUACCUGACAAGACAAAGAUAGUGGAGACUCCGGAAACUCGGUCACCGAGAUAUCCGCUACCUCGGCGGAAGCUCACCUCUCGACGGUACCGUCGUGCGUCGAGGCAGCAGCAUUCUCUGCACGUAAACAUCUAUCACGAGAACCAAGUGGAAGGGUUCGUAUCGGCGUUACAGCGUCCUCGGGUCGUGCCUGAAAGGCAGAUAGGAGAAGGCUUGAAGGAAUCUAAGUGCACAGCUGAUACUCCCAGAGCUCCUAUCAGGUCUCAAGAGAAGACGAGCGAGAACGCGACUCGCAGCCGAAGGCCGCAGAAGUGUGUCGAAGGCAAGCGAGUUUGGAAGAAGCAAUGCUCGCCGAUUGACGCUUCGAAACCUGCGGACCAUCGUCCAAGACAGGUGGAAGCGAGCGACGUAAUAGGCCGAAAGCAAGCGAUACCUAGCUCGAAUCUGAGCUCUUUGAUCCAACGGACGCAAUCGCGCGCCAAGGAAGCGAACCCGACGUUCAUCAGCGUGAACGAGGCUGACGAGGCAAAUCGUGUGUUUCCCUUUCGAGCUACACCCAGCGGUAAUCUCAAGAUCAUCCCGAAUCAGGUGGUGUUCGAGUCGAAGAAAUUCAGCGUUCUGGUCGCCGAUCCGCGACGCACGAAGGUCAACGUCAAAGCGGAGUUUGGCCGACCUGGUUUCGAUAGUGGCACAUUUCUUCCCGAUUCCGCGAGUCGAGCGAAAUACGUUGAUCUGCCGCCUGGCGUCACACCGUCUACGAUCGAUCAGUUGCAGGCGCAGAAGAAGUUACCUUACAUCGAAGCGAGCUACAAGCCGCGAACUCAACCAAGUACGAAGUUUAUUCCGUCGGAAAUGGCAGAGAGACAACCUCAAGUAUCGGCUCACCAACCAUCACCGACAAAUGAAGUUCCACUCGCCUCGCUGGGUUUUACAAACGAGCAACCGAUCAAUUGGGACAAUAUCAUUCUCCCGGAGAAGACCGACCUGUAUCAGGAAUUAGCCAAGCGUAUCACAAACUACAAGAACGCCGAUUGCGUCGUCCGAAUCGAUCAGGAUGAAUUUUACUGUCAUCUGCUUGUACUGCAAAGUUACAGCAUGUUUUUCGACGAGAAGAAUUGCAAGGAUAUUGAUUUGUCUGGUAGCAACGUGAGUUCUAAGGCCUUCUCUAUCAUUUACGACUGGAUGAUCAGUCCAACCAGCGAAAGCUACCAGCUGUUACGAAGAGAUAAUAUCCUGGAGAUCUUCAUGGCCGCGCAGUUCCUCGGCAUCAAAGAGCUGGAAGAACAAUGCUGGGCGUUCAUUGACAAUGACGAGCUCUUCUCCGAGGAUACUGCUUUUCUGUUGUAUUUGGAAGCAAAGAAGAUCGGAAACACUGCUGUGAUGGAGCUGAUGGUGCCGAGAAUCAUGAAAUUCUUCUUGAUGCUCGUCAGCACCAAAGACUUCUUAGAACUGUCUGUGGACGAACUUUGCCUACUGCUGAAGUCCAAUUACAUUUGCGUCAACAGCGAGAUGGAGGUCCUAAUGUCCGCCGUGAGAUGGUUGAUGCACGAUUGGAGCGAAAGAAAACAGCAUAUGCUGGAUGUGCUUAGGUGUGUCCGAUUUGGUCUUAUAGCUCCGUGGCAAUUAGUAGACGUCAAGAGGAAUCCCGAAAAUCCGGAAUUCAUGGAACUGAUGUCUUACCCGGAAGUGCAAAAGAUGGUGGACGACGGACUGGCGUUUGUCAUCAUAAAAUAUUGGUACGGUAAUCAAACGGAAGAUUACUACCACUGGAUCGAUUUACUCGGGCUCAGUGAACCCACAAAUCGCAAUUGGGCCGGGGAAGACAAAAACUAUGUCACGUAUCGCGAAUUUCUGCUGUACCUCGAGGAGUAUCAAAAGACGAAGGUCACGGAACUGAAAGCGGGAAAGACACGUGCAAAACCCACACCUCCAAAUUCUCCGCCUAAGGAUUACUCGCCCUUACCGCCGGGAAGGGUACACACGGAUUGCGGACAGAGUUAUUGUUGCGUAGAUUCGCGUCCUUCAGAACGGUAUAGCGCAACGCAAAGAGAAUCGAGGAAGUACACCUCAAGAGUCGCAACCUCGUCAGGCGUAUUGCUUCCGCCUGAAAUCUUGACCGAAUGUCUGAGCAAUAUGGGCAGAAACAACAAUGCGAGGACGAUGAAAGCGCAAUGCGAUGGAAAUAGAAACAGCCAAUCUGUCGCUCACGAGACGAGAUUUCACGGGGCGGGCGAGUCGCCACGGCGGUCUUUGGACUUCUUCAAGAGACACGCAUGCGAGAGCCGUCGGAAUUGCGACGAUCAGCAAGGGAGAAACGUCUCGGAUGGCUACAGCCGCAAGCAAUGGGAACAAAACACGAUGCUCCCUACGAAGAAGCAGCAGAAAGUGGUGAAGAAAUCGAGGUAUUCCGAGAAUCGUACGGACUCGGUCAAAUCCGAGGAAGAGGCGGCCACCAUGAUACAGGCUACGUACAGAGGAUAUAAAGUUAGAAGAAAAUUCGACGAAAUUAAGAAAUCAUCCUCGGAGGAAAAGCAGAACGCCCAAAAAGUGGCGGAGCUAUUGUCCGCGACGACCAGUCGAUGCGGCUGGUUCCUUCAGAAACGCCCCACCAAACCCAGUCAAAGUGUCCAAUAGUGUCGUGAAUUAAAGCAAAAGUACGCGUCCAAAGAGUGCAAACGUUGCUCGCAAUGUGUAACAGUUGUUUAGUAAUAAAUAUAUUUUGUAAAGAAAUAAAAAUAUUCUCGUGAACACCAGUGUGUUCGUGUAACAUUCCCACCGUAAGUGUAUAGAUAUAUUCUUUAUUUUUCUAUGUAAAUAACUUAUAGUAGUAAUACAGAUGUUGUUUGCCCGUCCGAUAUUUGGGCAGUAGUGUAACUGCCGCGCGGGUACAGCAAGUCGCGUGAACAAUUCAAAGUACACUUAUGCAUUCAGCCGAGUAUAUAUAUAUAUAGUAUUUUAUAUAUAUAUAUAUAUAUAUAUAUAAAAUACUAGAUACAAUACCGUCAAUCGCUUGCGAAACAUCACGUGUUCAACUAUGUACAUGAACAUCUCUCGGAUUGAAAUUUCCGCAUUUCGUACGAUAAAGUGGACCAAAACAAAAAGUGCCGAUUGCGUAUAAAUAUGUAGCGGAGGAAAUCUAAACGUCUCAAAAUCAACGUCUAAGUCCGAUGCGAGCGUUACAAGGCUCGCAUGGGCAUAUUUUCGAUAUAGGAGCGGUCGUUUUAGCGAGUAUAAUGAUUAGCGUUUAAAUAAGGACUGAUCAAUAAGCGGGGUUCGCGAUCUCUCGAUAAGUACGUGCUUCGGGUCGGGCUUCUUCGCAGAUUUGGCGGCGCGAUCGAUCGGAGUUACAAAUCUUUCGUCUAUAUAAAAUUUCUACGGGAAUAAUCAGAAUUAUCUCGUUUUGACAAUUAAAGCGAAAAGUGUGCUUUCGAACGUAUUAAGGUUUUUGUACAUUGAAUUUCAAAAUAGUUCGAACACUUUAUUUCCUGAUGCAGUUCGGAACACGGCCGAUGGUUCAAUGAGUGAACUUAUUUCUCGAAGAAAGUUCUCUGAUCGGACUAUCGUUGCAUUUCGAACUGCAUCGAGCAAAAGUGUUCGAACCAAGUAUUGAAACCCUGAAUACUCACCUGUGUUUAGUUGAUAUACUGAGAAGAAAGUAGUUGAAUCGAAAAAAUCGGCGGUCACCUGCAUUAAAAAAAAAAUAUUGAGUCCACUGAACAAACUAUACUUUGGCUCAACAACAUAUUACCGAUGAAAUCGCAAUCGUUGAAUCAAUUGAUAACUCAGUACAGCAACUAUAUAACUUAAUCAAUGGACUAAACGUUGUGUUUGAAAAUAUUUGAUUCGUUUAAGCAAAAUUUCAUUGAUUCUCCCACUUUUUGUUCUCAGUGCAGAUUAAAGAUUGCAACACUUUCCCUCGAUAAGUUGUGCAUCUUAUAUCCAACAGAAAAAUGUACAUCUUUUGAGAACUUCUGAAGAACAAAGUUUCCUAUUGGACACGGGAUUUGUUGCAACCCUUAAUUCGUCGACCGUUCAAGCACGGAUUCGUCGUGUACGAUGACUGAAUAUGUGUUCGUGCACGCGAUUUGCGUAUUCGAGGAGUAUGCUUCAGGAAGAUAUUCUCA